AUGGAGACCAUGGAGAGGUACUCUUUUGGAGUUUUGGGCGAUUCGUCACUGUACUGCAAGGGGCCUAACAAGCAGCGCCGGAAGCUGGGAAACCGUCUAUGGGAGCUGCUUGGUUCCCAGGUCUGGUACGAGGCGAUAGCCAGUGCCGGUGUGGCCCAACUCCUGCAGAAGAUCCGAUUAGGCCCCCAAGUUGACACUUUGGGUGUGUCCUACUUCGGAAACGAUAUUAUGCUGGCCCCGAUCACCGAGCAAGUGGAGGCGGACUGGAAAGAGUUCAUCCACGCUGUAAAGCUGAAAUCGCGAAGGUCCGUUUUCGUGAUUGGUGGCUUUGCUGCGAAGUAUCGGGGCAUGCAGCUCACCCCCGUCUACGACCAGAACCUGCAGUACGUGAGGAGUCUCGUGGAGAGCGAAGGUCUCUACGUGACGGACUUGCGGCAGAAGGUGAAGAAGUGGAAGCUUUGCAGCGAUGGCAUCCACUGGCACGAGGAUGAGAAGGAGGACGUCUGCGCCACUUGGGCGCGACUUCUGCGGGGCGAAGUUUUCGAUUCCUUCCCAGAUGUCGCCGAGGAUUCCGAGGAGUCUCCGCUGGAGUCGCCAAUCAGCUCGCCCAGCGAGCCACCAGGCCGAGCAGCCUGCUGGGGCCACCGACUGCCGGCGACCUCGGCUUCACGGCUGCCGAAAGUUCUGAAAGUGCCCGACACGGGCUUCCAGGACGCAGAAUGGGAGGGGUCGAGGUCCCAGGAAUCCCGGGCCUCGCAAGUUAAGAGCUUCAGCGUCACGGUCUUCAGGCAGGGGAAGGAGAGGCUCGGGAUCCGUCUGGAGGCCGUUUCUGGCGUCGGCUACCACUCGGCAGCACGCGUGCAUAGGAUCUUCGAAGGUGGCCUCAUCGACAGAUGGAACCGGAUGCAGGAGUCAAAUGGCCUGCAGGGAUGGGCGGUCGAGGUUGACGAUGUCAUCGUCGGCCUGAACGGACAGCACGAGUUCUCAACUGAAGGUUCAGAGUUUCAGACGGCUACCACGCUGAACCUGUUGAUCAUGCGGGGACUGCCUCUGAAGCUCGCGUCAUGA